AUUACUAGAACAGCGCAGAGAUAUAGAUAAAAGAGUCCAUAUUCGUAUCAAAUUUCUUGGGCAAUUAUUUUGACCUUUCCUCACUUCUUCGUCUCCUUCUCUCUCUCUCUCUCUCUCUCUCUCUCUCUCUCUCUAUAACAAUUUAAUCUUCUAUCCUUGGCAAAGACCCAAAAAAUUUCCAACCAAUAAUCAAGACUCAGUUUUGAAUGUGUGUUUGUGUUCCUCGUAAUCUCAGUAGCUGAGUUGUUUGAGAAAAAAGAAAGAAGAAAAAUUGGCAGGGAAUGGCUCAGGCAGUGGAAGAAUGGUACAAGCAAAUGCCUAUCAUCACCCGUUCGUAUCUCACGGCUGCUAUUGUCACCACCAUCGGUUGCUCCCUUGAUAUAAUAUCACCUUAUAAUUUGUACUUGAACCCUAAUCUAGUGAUCAAGCAAUAUCAGUUAUGGCGUCUCGUUACCAAUUUCUUGUAUUUCCGGAAAAUGGACUUGGACUUUAUGUUUCACAUGUUCUUUCUAGCUCGAUACUGCAAACUCCUUGAAGAGAACUCAUUCAGGGGAAGGACAGCCGAUUUCUUUUACAUGCUCUUAUUUGGUGCCACUGUUUUAACUGGAAUUGUUCUUGUUGGGGGAAUGAUACCGUACUUGUCGGAGUCAUUUGCAAAAAUUAUAUUCCUUAGCAAUUCCCUGACAUUCAUGAUGGUCUAUGUGUGGAGCAAGCAAAAUCCUUUCAUCCAUAUGAGUUUUUUGGGCCUUUUUACUUUCACAGCCGCUUACCUACCAUGGGUUCUUCUGGGAUUCUCUGUACUUGUUGGAGCUAGUGCAUGGGUGGAUCUAUUGGGAAUGAUUGCUGGUCAUGCCUACUAUUUUCUUGAAGAUGUGUAUCCACGAAUGACAGGUCGCCGGCCUUUGAGAACUCCCUCAUUUAUUAAAGCGCUAUUUGCGGAUGAGCCUGUUGUAGUGGCACGGCCUGGGAAUGUGAGAUUUGCUGCUCCAGCUGCAGAUGAUGUUCUCCAAGGUUAAUCAGGAGUUAGUAUCACUGGAAAACCCUGACCUGUGUGUGAGCCCUUGGGGUAUUGAUCUGGCAUUGGAAAUGUAGCUAGCAUCAACAAAAAUACAGCUGGCUGUGUAUUAUAUUAAAGUAUACUCCGAUUUGCUAAUUGCUUUUUUUGUGCAUUUGUGUUUAAUUUAAGGUUUAGCAAACGAAUGAUCAAAGGUUUUACUGAAAUUGCCAAAGAUUUAUCCUUUUUAUUUUGCCUUGAUAUGUCACAGCAUCAUCAUUUUUGUUCAAUUAUAUGUGAUAGUUAUCUCACCAAAUUUGCUUCU